AUGCUAUUCCCCAAUUUCAUCAAUCAAAAAGAUUCUACUACGGCAAGGAUUCCACCAGUAUAGCAAUGGCAUCUUCCCAAGUUCCUCAAGUCCUCCUGAGCUCGAGUGGCGGCCACAAAAUGCCUUUGUUGGGCCUGGGAACAGCAACCUUCCCUCCUGUUGGACCACAAGCCACUAAAUCAGCAAUUCUCCAGGCAAUUGAGCUUGGUUACAGACACUUUGACACAGCGUCAUUUUAUCUCACAGAGCAGCCCAUUGGUGAGGCCAUAGCCGAAGCACUUUCUUGCGGCUUAAUCAAAUCCCGCGAUGACCUCUUCAUAACCUCCAAGCUAUGGUGCAAUGAUGGCCACCCUGAACUAGUCCUCCCUGCCCUCAAGAAAAGCCUAGAAAACCUCAAGUUGGAGUAUCUUGAUCUCUAUCUUAUUCACUGGCCAGUGAGCACAAAACCAGGGGGGUCCGCCAAGGAUCGAGUAAGGAAUAGAGAGUUUCUUCCCAUGGACUAUACAUCUGUUUGGAAAGCCAUGGAAGAAUGUCAGACAUUUGGCCUCACCAAGUCCAUUGGAGUCAGCAAUUUCUCUUGUACAAAGCUUGGUUACAUCCUAGCUACCGCAAGGAUCCCUCCGGCUGUCAAUGAAGUGGAGUUUAAACCACUGUGGCAACAAAAGAAGCUCAUGGAAUUCUGCAAGGCAAAUGGAGUCAUCUUGACAGCCUACUCAGUUUUAGGAUCAACAGGAACCAUGUGGGGAAACAACAGGGUGAUGGAGGACAGGGUACUCAAUCAAAUUGCUGAGGCACGAGGAAAAUCGGUGGCCCAGGUGUCUUUGAGAUGGGCAUAUGAGCAAGGGGUGUGUGCAUUGGUGAAGAGUUUCAACAAGGAGAGAAUGAAAGAAAACCUCAACAUAUUCAACUGGGCAUUGACUACGGAAGAGGCCAAAAAGAUUAGUGAGAUUGAGCAAGUCAGAGGAUACCUCGGAGAACAAUUCAUCUCCAUAGAUGGGCCUUUCAAGACAGUUGAGGAGCUUUGGGAUGGAGAGGUUUGAUUCCAAUUCCAUACAUGGAACUUUUUUCCCUGAAGACCUAUCAAGCAAUGAAACUUUCAGGAAACCAGUAUUUGUAAUAAAUUGAACAAACUUCAUAUGAAGAUUUCCCAGCAAUCAGUGUUGUAGCUUGUUGAACAUGAAUAAUCAAAGCAAUUUUCGUUUUAAACUUGAAUAAUUGCAACUGUUGAACAUGAACAAACACAAUCGUUCAUUGUUAACAUUUCAUCUU